CGUGUUGCACGUGCUUCUAAAAUUUUUAUUGAUAUUGUGUGCUUAAAGCAAUUAAAUGAGUGUGGCUAUAGCAGAAAAUCAACCCGAGCUCACGGAGAGUGUUGCGGAAAGUACGGAAAAGUCUGAUCAGGCAGAUCAGCAAGAGGCGGCAAGUACAAAAAGUGCAGAGGUGGAAAAAGCCGGCAGUGAGUUUGCUUAUUUGGAACGCAAUGAAUUUACAUCGGAAAUCUAUAAAAUUGAAGUGAAGAACAUGGGUUAUUUUGGCAUUGGGGAAUUUAAGAAGCUGCUCAAAAACACACUGAAGUUGGACAUGACCAAAAUCAAGUCACCCACACGCAAGGAAUUUGCUUUUGUGUGCUUUCGCAGCCAAGCAGACCAGCAGCGCGCCCUAGAAACGCUUAAUGGCUACAAGUGGAAGGGAAGGAUCCUUAAGGCCAUGGCAGCCAAAGCGUCCGCUGAUCCACUGCACAAACGACGCGGCGAAGAGGAUGCCGGUGAAAUCAAACCAAAGCGACAGCGCACUGCCGUUGAGGCCACGUGCCCGUUAGCUGAAAUGCCCUACGAAAAACAGCUGGAACAAAAGACGGAGGAGAUGGCAACGUUGCUCAAGAAAUACACACAGGAACUCCGUCGUCUGAAUGCUGACGCGAAACCGCAUCUGGAUAAGUUUCAAUUUAAAAGUGUUUUGCCCUCACCCACUGUCAAUGGCUAUCGGAAUAAAAACGAGUUCACUGUGGGCAAAAACCUGGAUGGAGAGAUUGUAGUUGGUUUCCGUUUGGGCAGCUACAGCGACGGUUCCGUGGAAGUAGCCGAGGUGCAGCAGUUGCCACAUUUGCCAGCGCAGGCUAAAUGGGCGGCGCAAAGCUUCCAGCAGCUGGUCAGGCAGUCAAAGUUCCAGCCCUUCAAUCCUGUCGGUAACGUGGGCCACUUUCGACAGUUGAUGGUGCGCAGCUCCACCGCAACAGGCGAACUAAUGUUGGUAGCUGGCAUAUACUCAUCCAAUUUGAGCGAAACUGAGCAGCAAGAGCUGCAGAAUGAGCUAAGAACUUUUUACGGGCAGCCGGAGCAGAAUACUACACACAAAUGCACUUCGCUUUACUAUCAGGAUGUCAAGCAUCGCGAGGCGGGCCAAAUGGUCAAUCCUGUCACACAUCUCUCCGGCAGCACACACAUUACGGACACCAUACAGGGGCUGCAGUUUCGCGUCAGCCCCUUGGCCUUCUUUCAAAUCAAUACAGCCGGUGCAAAUGUUCUUUACCAGCAGGCGAUAGACUUGGCCGCACCCAGCCGGGACACUACAAUGCUGGACAUUUGCUGCGGCACUGGGACCAUUGCCUUGGCCUUUGCCAAGCACUGCAAACAGGUGCUGGGCGUAGAAAUUGUACCAGAUGCCAUCAAAGAUGCGGAAUACAAUGCACAAACCAAUGACAUUAAGAAUUGCAAGUUCUUUGCGGGCAAUGCUGAUGACUUCAUAAAAAGCAUGGUGCGGGAGGCUCUGUAUGGACAGGAGCCAGGCAAGCCAGUGGAUUUAAUAGCUGUAGUGGAUCCUCCGCGUGCUGGACUGCAUAAUCGUUCCAUAGCCGCCAUACGAUCGGCGAGUGCCAUCAACCGUCUGGUCUAUGUCUCCUGCAACCCCAACAGUGCCAAGCGUAAUUUCAUAGAGCUAGCUAGACCGGAGUCCAAGCAGUACAAAGGGGAGCCCUUUUAUCCCAAGACAGCCGUAGCUGUCGACAUGUUUCCACACACAACGCACACGGAGCUGGUCAUUUUGUUUGAGCGUGAAACCAAGUCAACAGCAGCUGAGUCUUUGAAAGGAGAGGCCACAGCGGAGGCAACAAAAGAAACCAAUGAAUCUGUGGUGACAUCAGCAACGUGAUGCUGACGGCCUCUCUCGCCUAGCGCUCCUCUCUCUCUCGCUGCUGCUUAUCACGAGGUUGACAUCCAUCAUCGGCUCUUUGUGCGACUGC